AGUUACCAUUUCUCAUAACACAUUUUUCACUUGUAUCAAAAGUACACUCACUAGACCUCCCUAUAGAAAAUCCAAAUAUGACUGCCAUCUUCAAAGCUUCCUCACACACAUUUUUCCUUUGCUUGAUUCUUUUUUCUGCUUCCCAAUUUUUGCUCAUCAAUUGUACUGAAUUUGAAGUCGGUGGCAAAACUGGUUGGGUCGUCCCUAACUCAAAGGACGGUGAUGAAAUGUACAACAAAUGGGCUUCUCAAAACAGAUUCAAAAUUGAUGACACUAUUCAUUUCAAGUACGAGAAAGAUUCAGUGAUGGUGGUUAGUGAAGAAGAAUAUGAGAAUUGCAAAUCGACUCGUCCACUCUUCUUCGGAAACAAUGGCAACACAGUUUUCAAAUUUGAACGACCAGGAUUGUUCUACUUCAUUAGUGGUGUUAGUGGUCAUUGUACAAGAGGACAGAAAAUGAUCAUCAAGGUUUUGGAUGUUGAACCUGAACCAACAGCAUCCUCACCACAAUCUGCAAAUGAGAAUGCACCAAUAGCACAUUCUAAAGCUGCUCAAAUAACUCCUAUUACUAUCACAGCGUUCACACUCUUUGCUUUGUCAUUCCUUGGCAUGAUUUAUGCUUGAAGCACUAAUUCGUGAUCUUUUAAUUUAGGUUUAAUUCAAGAGUGUGGUCUAAUUCUAGAGCUUUUUAUUUUCUUGUGUUUUUAGUUGUUUAGUUUAUUUUGUUGCUUUGGUCAUUAUUGUCAUCACGAUGGUAUUGUUUUCUUUUUAGUUAGUUUAUAUUGACUUUUUUAU